AUGUCCUCCACACAGUCGACGUCCACACCGACAUCGCCAACGACCCAACGGGUGAAAUCAGGCCCUAGAGUGCUCUCAUCUCCGCUCCGACCAACGUCGCCUCAAAGCUCUUCAACAUUAAUCCCAUCCAAUUCCCGCCGAUCCUCACUUGGCGUCGGGCAAACGCCUCGCACGAAAACACCCCCAGGACCUCUCGCAAAGUCUCGCGCCAGAGAUCUCUUGAGGAAGCACUAUGGCCUCGGAGUAGGUCCACCACCACCUAUACCUGGGAGAUCAGACGACCCCAUGGAUUUAGAUUCAGCAGUAUUUGACGCAAAAUCAUAUUACGAACAACUUAUAACUACAUCGUCUUUGUCGGCUUUACUGAAGCGGGAGAACGACUUACUGACAGAAAUACGACAACUUGAUGGCGAUAGGCAGUCUCUAGUAUACAACCACCAUCAUGAGCUGAUUGCAGCUAGUGAUACCAUAGCUGCGAUGAAGACACGGGCGGAGGGUUUGGACGCAGACCUUGACUUGCUCAAGGCAGCGUUCUCAGAGAUAUCUCGGUUAGGCGCUAAAGUUUCCGUCGAGGAACACCCUUCAAAUAGCAGCUCUCAUCUAUGA